AGCUGCCUUAAAAAUUUUUAUUAAAAAAUGUAAACAAACAUUGUUAGCUGAGGGAGGGGAAGGGAGUAAAACCAGAGCGCUUUCUGAAUUUGUCAGUUUUCUCAUCCAGGUCUAGAUAGAUUUCCAGGUAAAAGCAGAUGGGCCAGGAGUGGCCUGUAGGGUUUUGUUCAGUGAAAGCCUCUCUACCCAUGGCUGUAAGAACCUGAAUUUUCAAACACCUUUCCCAUUUUAACUUCAGCUGAGAGAUAUUAGAGGGAAAAUACAUUUCAGGCAAUGAUAGAAAAGAACAACUUAUUUUAAAAUUACUAGUUAUUGAUUUAUUCUUAAUAAUUUCAUAAAUUUACUAAUGUACAAAUAAUUCUGAGUUCUUAACAUGUGCCAGGCGUUCUGCUAGGCCUGCUCUAGGCUUGAACGGCAUUAUCCCCAUUUACAGAUGCAGACGCCACUGAGGCCCAAAGAGGUUAGGUGACAGCUCGGAUCGCCAAGCUAGUGUGGCAAGGGCAGGAGCGACUCCCUCCUCCCCUACCUCCCUACCCCCCGCCGCGCAACGUCUUUUGACCGUAACAGAGCUCUUCUGCACGUCACGUCCAUAUACCCAUGUUUGAUUCUACUCUGUCCAUACUAGCUGGGAGACUUUCCCUGAAUUCGGAGGGGCCCGUUUAGUUAAGAGCAAGUGGGCCUCAGUAUCCCCAUCUGUGAGAUGGGGCUGCCCUGCCCAAGCGCCGUCUCCUGCCUCAGCCUUUUGGUGCUGGCCCAAAAGAGGGCGGCAACCCCCUUGGGGGCGAGGAGCGGCGGCUCUGGCGCAGGUCUUCCGGCCGCCCCGGGAGGGAGGAAACGGACGGGCGGCAGGGGGCGGGUUUUCGGCGGGGCUUACCCUGAGGCGGGCGCGUCGCGGAGGCCUGCGCGGCCAUGGCGCUCCCGCUCGCAGCUCUGCGCGUCCUGUUGGGCGGCUUCUUCGCGCUCACGGGGGCGGCCAAGCUCUCGGAGCAGAUCUCGGCUCCGGUGUCAGAGCAGAUGAAAGCCCUGUUCGUGCAGUUCGCUGAGGUGUUUCCACUGAAGGUGUUCGGCUACCAGCCAGAUCCCAUGAGCUACCAAGUGGCUGUGGGCUGGCUGGAACUGCUAGCUGGGUUGCUGCUGGUCCUGGGCCCACCGAUGCUGCAAGAGAUCAGCAACUUGCUUUUGACACUGCUCAUGAUGGGGGCUAUCUUCACUUUGGUGUCUCUGAAAGAAUCACUGAACACCUGCAUCCCAGCCAUCGUCUGCCUGGGGCUCCUGCUGCUGCUGGAUAUCUGCUAGCUCUUAGUCCAAACUAAAAAGAUGUUCAGACACCCUAGGAGGAAGUCUCCAAGUGCAUUCAAGGAAUCCUGGGAGUAGAGUCUGUCUUGCCUCCUCAUGCCAUGUCACUGCCAAAGCAGGAACAUGGUGGAACACAGAAUGUCACCUUGUUACCAGUACACCCAAGGUUGGCCAGCGUUGAAGUAGACAUCUGGUCUACCUGGCCCUGCUUUGUCUCUUGGACAUUUACUGCUCUUUUUUGAGGGGUACAUGUUACAUAUUCUAGCAUUCCUCAUGUCAUAUGAAAAUAGAAAAUAAAUUUAAAUCACCCAAACUUUUAAUGCCCCCAAAUAACUACUUUCAAUUCCUUUGUAUAACUGUACCUCCCAGUUUUUUCUGUGCCUUUAUACAGAUGUUUUUAAAUGAAAAUGAGACCAUAUAUACUACUUUAUUAUCUGCUUUUUAAACCUAAUACACUGUAAUACCAUUCUCUGUCUGUUUUA